AUGGUCUGUACUCUUUGUUUCAGUGGUUGCCUUGUGCUAAAAUUGGUAGACCGUGAUUUGGAUUUCGACAUUCACGCCACCUGGCAAGAUUCUUCUGGCAUACCGAUGCCGCCCCCCUGUCUCGCCACCGACCCCGGUAAGGCUCGACAGAUUUCCUCGGAUGAAGUUGAGCCUUCAGGAUAUGAGAAUCAAGGUUCUUCCGUGAUCGAAUGCUUUUUGCACCCCACUUACGACAAGCUGUCGGCCUUCAAGUGGAUGGGUCCAGAUCCUCUGUCCAUGUCUACUCGGGCUAGCGACAUGUUCUUCUACAUGUCAGCGUUCGCUUUCCCUAUAGAAGUGCACUGGUUAGAGUUUCGACUAGUGCGAUUUGACCGGAAAUCUGGCGAGAGUACAGGAGAGCAUCUGUUCUUCCUACCCCGGGUUGAAACGGCCCUGAGGAAUCUCUGUCGGGUACGCGAACAGUUGCUAGACACGAUCUCCCGGCAACAACUUGGCGCAACAGGCAUUAGCUUCCGUCUGUCCCUUUGGCCUCGCAUGGAACCCCUACAAUACUCGAGUCACUCGACAUUUUCUCCGCUAGCUUAG